CACCAAGGCUCCUUUCCACUGGAGUGUAUGGAAAUAAAAUAUUACUACUUAUUUUUUUCUUUUUAUUGUAGUAAAUAUAUAGGUAACAAAACGUUAGCCAUUUCUACAGUCUCCACAUGUACAGUUCAGUGACAUUAAUUACAUUCAUCAUGUUGUUCAACCAUCACUAGAACUUAAUUUAUUUUUAUCUCUACGUUUUAAGUUAUAUUUCCUGCAUAUAUUUUAUAAUGUGCACACCAUAUAAGUACAGUAUUACAUGAAUAUAAUUUUAAGAUAAGCACACGUAUAUUGGAAAUGUAUGCACAUAGCAUAGGGGUGUGCAUUCUAAAACAUUUGGACACCUCUGGUUUCAAGAAAUAUUUCUAAAAAUGCAAGUGAGUGAGCAUUUAAAAAGAAAAAACACUAGAUCUUUACACAUCGUGUAUUUUUCUUGUGAUUGCCACAAGAGUGAUACUGUAAAGAAGUUCAUUUAUCCAUUUACAGAUUGUUUUGAAUCCCACCACGUUCCAGGCACUGUGCUAGGCACUCCAGGACUCAGAGACCUGCAGUUACUGCCCUUUCUUGGUAGAGUUUAGAAGUGACAUUUGGGACUGACCUGUCAGUGCUUUGCUUUCCUCUCUUCUUUGAUGUAUUAGCACAGAUAAUGGGCAAUCCAUGGGAAAAGUACAAAGGAUCCAGUACCAACAGCAUCUUCUGACUGUUUAAAUCAUGGGGGUGAAUCUGCUGAUGUUCCCUUGUCUUUUUCAGCAGGUUCUUUGGGGUUGUAAACUGACUUUCAGGGUCUAACUUGAUCAGUGUCCCUGAGGCUCCCACAUGCCCUUGUUUGCAGGCUCAAUGACAGUCGUGACGGUGAAGGCUGUGGCCGGGAUGCUAGUACUGUCGAUACAAGGCAAUCUCCAGCUUGACUACCCCAUCUUCUAUGUGAUGUUUGUGUGCAUGGUGUCCACUGCUGUUUACCAAGCCGCGUUUCUGAGUCAAGCCUCACAGAUGUAUGACUCCUCUUUGAUCGCCAGUGUGGGCUACAUUCUAUCCACAACUGUUGCUAUCACAGCAGGCGCAAUAUUUUACCUGGACUUCAUCAGGGAGGACGUGCUGCACAUCUGCAUGUUUGCACUAGGGUGCCUCAUUGCAUUCUUGGGUGUCUUCUUAAUCACACGUAACAGGAAGAAGGCCAUUCCAUUUGAGCCCUAUAUUUCCAUGGAUGCCAUGCCAGGUAUGCAGAACAUGCAUGACAAGGGGAUGGCAGUCCAGCCCGACCUCAAAGCUUCUUUUUCCUACGGGGCCCUGGAGAACAACGACAGCAUUUCUGAGAUCUAUGCUCCUGCCACACUGCCCGUCAUGCAAGAAGAACAUGGCUCCAGAAUUGCCUCCGGAGUUCCCUACCGAGUCCUGGAGCACACCAAGAAGGAAUGAGCCUACCUUGACAAGACUUACCUUUCCUAGAUUUAUAACUGUUUAAGCCAUGCCGACAGUGGUUCAACCCUUCCUUCUAGAACUUGCCUUUCAAGUCUUACUUUUUUAAACUGAGAACUCUAUAGACAAGGAAUCUUGGAAGGCCUUUGUCUCUGGUAAAGGAUACAUUUAUCUUGGUCUGAAAAUUUCAAAUGGUGGGGAGUGGGGAGUGGGAAGAAGGGAAGCAGUAUUCCAGGUGGCAGCAUGGAACCCAGCCUCUGCCUGGUUUAGCCCAACGGGAUGUGGAAAGCAUCCUUGAGGAUGGCAACCGAGCUUCCCCGGUCAGUGACUAAAGGCUGCCACAUCCUUCAGAGCUAAAGCAAGGCAGAGAUUCUGCUCUCAUUUUUCAGAUCCAGCGAAAGGCUGGGGACCUCUAAAUCUAGUCUUCCUCCACCUUGAGUGUAUGGCGGAUCUCUGCCCAUCACACUCAUGUUUUUGCAUUUGUGAUGACAUUCAUGUAACCUUCACGUGGCAUAGUGGGCCAACCCUGGGUGGAACAUUCUAUCAUUCACAUGUAGGAAAUGUACCCGAAGUGAAAUUCUGCCUUCCAGUUGUCUGUGCUCUUCCAAUGAAGCUAUGCCUGGUGUGUUUAUAUUGGAUCUACUCUGAAAACUAAUUAGUUUUUGGUUCCGGGAACUACUUGAUUGCUUCCCCUCCACCCCCACCCCAAAGGAACAGGGAAGGUAAGAGAUAGGGAGGGUAGAGAAUAAGGAUCGGAGCAGGGGUGGUGAUGCUUCGGCCCACAAAACAAAAAAAAAAAACCCUUUUAAUCUUACAAAAGGUGAUUACAUCACUUAAAGAAGGAUUGGCAGAAAAUCUGCCUGUUUCAUAGGUUACUAUUUUUCCUGCCCCCCAGGGACCUCAGGGCAAAUCGGGGAUACUUAUUUCAGAGACAGCCUCACUGCCCUCUCCUCCACACUCUUCUCUGUAGAUGGACAAGCCAAGCUUGAACUGUUUUGACGUCAAUAAGGACUCUUUGGGUCCUCAUCCCUAGGCACGUAUGUCUGGGGGAAGCAAGCAUUCUCAGAAAUGGGGCUGCUGAAUUCUUUCUGGCUGCAUACAUGAUUGUCUUUCCCAAGCCUGACUGCAUACUUUUAAGAAUGGCAGGUAAAAGUUCACAAACUUUAAUGAGCAUAAGGAUCCCCUAGGGAGUUUAUUUAAAAUGCAGAUUCCUAUACCCCAACCACAGGUACUCUGGUUAAGUGGGACUAGGAUGGGCCCAAGAGUCUGCAUUCUUAACUGGCACCCCAGGUGAUUCUGAUGCAGGUAGUCCAGGGAUCAAGCAAAGAAAUCCUAAUGAUGGACAAAGAUGGUCUGUUAAAACACCUGGGGACCUACGUACCACCGUUGCAAAGUCGGAAUUAGCCUUCCUUGUUUCCUGUCUGGAGUUCUUUCGGCGGGUCACAUAAUCCCUAUAGGAUCUGUGGCAUGUGUCCAUUCCAGUGUCCCCUACCUAGAACUACACUUGCUGCUUCCCCAGGCAGGCUUUAACUAAUAGGCAGGAUAACAGUGUUAAUAGACCAGUGUUGAUAGAUCAUUAAUCUUUAUGGAUUGUGCUUAGUACUGAUUUAGUACCUUGAUUUCAAAACCUUCAAGGUCUGUUGCCUGUGAUAAGUGCACAACAUUUUAGCCAUUUCUGUAUUGUGUCUUAAAUACCUAAAAAGGCAACAGACAAUGAGCUUUUUUCCUUCGGAUAGGCAUCAACUCAAUUCAACAAUAUUUAUGAGGCAUUAUCUAUGUGCCAUUGGGAGGGUGAAGGCUACAAGGAAUAAGAUCCAGUUCCUGCCUGCAGGCCAGCAGGGGGAGACACAAAUAGCCAGCAAAGUGUAUUGCAGGGCAGGCUGUGACAGGUGUGAAGUGCAAUGGCUGAUCACAGAAGAUGAUAGUUAUGGAGGCCCUGGUCCAGGCACAGGCUAUUUAGAAUUGGAGGUGACUUUAGCCCAACUCACAGACAGAUGGUGGAUCUAGCUGGGAUUUGAGUGAAGUCUGGAAGGAAGGGUGGGCAUGCCCCAGGCCGAGGGACCAGCAUUUGCAAAGGCACAGAGAUGGGGAGAGGGGCUUCACAAAGAAAGGAGAGCCAGGGAAAGCAUGGGAGAUGAACAUGGAAAGACGUGCAGGAGCUGAAUCAUGGAGGACCUUGAAUGCCUAUAGCAUAUGGGAGCCAUUGAUAGCUCAUGAGGGAGAGAAUGGCAGGAUCAACACUGAUUAGAAAGGAGAACUUGUGCAGUGUGGAGGGAGAUACGGAAGUGAUAAUAAAAGUCAUUUUUCAAGGUUAAGCCCCAAGACUGCAAGAACAUAAAACAGAGGGGGAGUUAAAAUCAGGUUUUCACUGCUAUUCAGAUUUUCCUUAUUUCCCAACUGAUUUUUGUGAGACUGGGAGUGAGGGAAAAGUAGAUGAAGGGAAGGUGAGCAGGAAGGCCGUUUAAAUGUGUCAAACCCAGGUGAGCAAUAAUUUGGCAUAAUGUGUUCCCAACCUUAACUCUGUCUCCACUCCCUCUUUUUAUUAAGAGCCUUUUAGACUCAGGCCAGCCAGUUUUCUUGAGAUGAAUAGAUAAAAGUGCUUUGCAGUUUGAAGUCUGCUACAGAUCAUGGGGCUGUGUUGCCCAGGAACCUGUUGUUGGUGCUUGGGCAGACCCCCGCCUUCAGAUUUGAGGCAGUGGCCUCAUCCUAUGAAGUUGAGCUUUAAGAAGUCUGACCAGAAAGUUGCAUAAUGGUUUUCUGACUGGAAGCCAGGGCUAGGUCACUUGGGUUCUCGGGAAGAACAAGUCAUGUGGAGCCAUUGUCUGUAGAGUUCUGACUCUGUCUUGGGCUAGCUUCUCUGGGUUUUUGUCCCCAAAAUGAACAGUUUGCUAGAGAUGGAUAAGCAGCACUUGCUCUUAGGAUAGGAGACGGGGAAUCAACUUUCCACUCGUGAUCCUGAUGCUUUAUUUCUCUCAUGGCUCUUACAUCCCCAAGUCCUGUUAAAUACCCCAAGCAGCAUUAAAAAUCACACCUCCGUCUCCUUCCUAGCAGCCAGGUACCUAAAGCAAGGUCACCAACUUGAGUCUAAACUUUCCAGGUGUUAUCUGGUCUUCCUCUCCCCAGCCGGCUCUGCUCCCCUUUUCUAAAGGCUGGGAUUCUGGUCUCCAAAUCAGAGAUUAGAACACACUCUUUGCAGACUGUGCGUAUGGGUUUUGAUGAGUACUGGGCCCCCGAACACCUCCCGUGAAGCCUCAGGUCUGAUGAUGCCAUCCCACUAAACUUCAGGUCGUACUGGGGGUCUUGCAGUGUGGAAUUGAAAGGUAGGUAGGGAAGGGAGGAGUCGCAUCUCCAUUGCUUUUUUGGUGGAAAUCAGCUGGCUUGAUGGCUCUGUGCAGAUGUGCUGGCCAUUUGCGUAGUGCUGCGGAAGCCUGCCCUGCAGCCUUGUGAAUUCCAAAUCUAGUCCAACACUGGCUGAUAGACAACAAAAAUUUACUUUGUUUCUCUGAGAAGCUGGACAAAUGAAAUCACCCUAGAAUAUAUUCUGUGUGGAUGCUUAUAUUUUGUUAACGUUGUGACUAAUAAUGGCAUGUCUUAUUUUUCAAAGUAUGUGUGUACUAGGUGCAAAUAACAUUAUGAAGUGACAUUAAAAAGAAAUUCUUGCGAUGCCUGUUGAGUUUGAGUCUUAUGUUUGGCUAAUACUUUCUAGAGUUAUCUAGAAUUGCACUGUCCAGUAGAACUUUCUGCAAUGAUGGAAAUGCUCUUUGUGUUGCCCAAUAUGGUACCCACAUGUGGCUAUCAAGCACUUGAAAUGUGGCUAAUGUGACUGAGGAACUGAAUUUUCAAUUUUAUUUAGUUUUAAUCAAUUUAAACUUAAAUAUCCACACGUAGCUAGUGACUGCUAUAUUGACACUGCAGAUCUACAGAUGCCCAUGAUUACAGCUGAGGCUGAACUGAGGACUUUUUCUGCAGUGGUUGAGAGCAUAGGCUAGACUGUUUGCAUUUUAUUCCUGGCUCCACCACUUACUGGCUGUGGACAAGUUAAUUAACCUCAGUUUCCUCAUCUGUGAAACAGGGAUAAUAACAGUAUUUACCUCAGGGUUAUUAUGAGGAUCAGAUGAAUUAAUAGAUGUAAAGUCUUGAAACUAUGUGCAGUAUCCCAUCAGGACAUUGUAUUAUAUUGAAACAAUGGUUUCCCUCUUUAUUUACUUAUUAAUUUUUAAUCAUUAUAAUGAACAUUUGUGAUUUUUCUUAAUUGAGCAAUUCUAAGCACAAGUGCCUCCGUUCUGAAUUUCCAACUACAAAAGCAGG